AUGAAAACCUUCCGCAUCGUUAUCGCAGCUCUGCUUUGUGUUUCGAAACCGCGCUCCAAUAUCGGAGACACAAAGGGCAAUCCAAUCCGAGCAGAUAUUGAGAUCCGCGGAGAGGAUGCCCUGACCUACGAUGUGGACUGCUGGGCCAUUCUAUGCAAGGUGAAGCCUGCAGUAAUGCAAAAGUUGAGCCAAAAGACAGCCGACAGGAACCGACAGGUAAAGAUCGGCAGUGCGGCCAAAAAACAACCAUUCGCAAACCGAGCCAAGUAUGGGAUAAAAGCUAGCCCUGCAACAAGUGCCUUGGCGGAUCAUCAGCCCUGGGGAUCUGCGGAGGAAUUUCCUCUUGCAUCAACUGCUGAUGGUGGGAAAAAUGCAAUUCUGGUCGGAGUCACGGAAAUCUCGCAGAAAGAGCAGAAAAGCUCAUUGCAUGCCUUCUACCAUGCAAACAAAAUUCGGGCAUAUAACGAGACCUCGAAAAGCUCAGUAAGAUCGUGGUUCGAGAUUACAGGGUUUAAAACUAGGGCUGGGACGACAGCUAGUGUUGGGCCCUACUGCAAGGCAUUUAAUGCCAAAGACAUGAAUGUCUGCAGUGCGGGCACCAAGGUCAUUGGUAACUGGAGGUUUGAUGUGGCCGAGUAUGCUUACAUCUACAACCACCAGAAAAAGAAGUUUGAAUAUGUGGGGAAAUAA